GGAAGAUGUGUCAAUUCCUCCCAAUCCAUGCUCACUGCCUACUCUCUGUAGUUUCUGUUCGAGCUGUCAGUCAGAGGCAGUGACUCAGGGGAUUUAAACUCAAACACUUCGACACUUCAGAAAUUUCACAACUGAAGAAACUGAAUUUAAAAAAGAGAAAAGAAACCUCAGGGCGUCUCAUCUCAGCCCUCCAUGCUCCUGCAAUUUGGCGGGUGUUAACAUCCAUGGAAGUGGCCGGAUUCUACGACGAGGGCAGCUUUGCUAUCCACAGUAAAGACAGCAUUAUCAGUCCCAUCAGCGGCAGCUCUUACUGGAGGCUCGGAGACUCGAUGACGGAGCUGGGCAUUGAGGAGCGCGAGAGAGCGAUAGACUUCAGUGUUUACCUGGACUCUGCUUUGCACUGCCCGCAGCAGCAGCAGCAACAGGGGGACGUUUUCUCUGAUUUCCUGGCGGAGAACAAGAAGAGAGUUGCAGCUUUGCAGGGCUACAAGUACUCUCUGCUGAACGAGCUGGAGACGAGUCAGUGCGACAACUUGAGGGACCCCAGGGAGCCCUACGCGCUGGGUUACACUGAGCUGCAGGAGACCCGCGUGGAUAGUGUGCUCAGCCCUGAACUCAGCCGGUACAGAGCCGCUGCUGCUGAGAGAGAAGACAGCCAGGAAGACGUCAAGAUGGAAAACGGGUCGUCUGGCUUUGACAUGAGGUCCUACCUUCAUUACCAGUCAACAAGCGGCAGUCUUGGGAACAUCUCCACCGCGUCGUCGACCUGCUCCAGCCCGCCUGGCACACCUGCCCCGUCAGGUAAAAGCAGGUCGCCCUUGCACAGCGGCAGCAAAAUGUCAAGCGGGAAGGCGAAGAAACGCCUGGACAAGGACAGUGAAGAGUACAGGUUGAGGAGGGAGAGGAACAACCUCGCCGUGAGGAAGAGCAGAGACAAAGCCAAAAUGCGCAACUUGGAGACUCAACACAAAGUGCUGGAACUGGCUGCGGAGAACGAUCGUUUACAAAAGCGCGUGGAGCAGCUGUCCAGGGAGCUCGCCACCCUGCGUAACCUGCUCUCAGCCACUGGACAAUGUUAGAGGGGGGCCCCUGCAGAGGCUCCCAGGGCCAGCUUGUCUAAUCAUUCAUGGACUUUAGAGCCGGAGGAGCCACGGUACGCUUCACAGGUGAAGACCACCAGUUUACAAGGACACUUUGAAUGAGGGGGACUGAAGGAGUGGGUGCAUGGAUUGAGCAAUCAUUCUUCACAUGUCACCUCAGCUUUUAUUCUCAGAUGUAAUUUUUUUGUGUACAUGCAGUAUUCCUGUGCAGGUUUUACAUACAUGCGAGUGAAUUUCUACAUUUUUGUGUAACUGGAGCAGUGGUUGUCAAGGGAAGAGUUGUGCUGCAGUGAAAUGAUGCAACUCUUUGUAAUAGUAUUGGCAAUGAAUGAAAUAAGUCUAAUUAUUUAAUAUUAAAACAGGAAAUGCUUUAAUUGUACUUGAUAUUUUAUUGAAUUAAACAGAUUUAUACUUUGUCUAAA